AUCUGCUGCUGCUUAAUUCGUGCCGAAAGAUGUCCUACUUCCUCCCGCAUCUCCCCUCCGGCUGGCACGUUGACGAGGCCAUAAAGUCUGAGGAAGACCGUGUGGUUGUCAUUCGAUUCGGCCAUGACUGGGACAGCCAAUGUAUGACGAUGGACGAAACGCUAUACUCGGUUGCGGAGAAGGUGCAGAAUUUCGCUGUGAUUUACCUCGUCGAUAUUACAGAGGUUCCAGAUUUCAAUAAGAUGUACGAGUUGUAUGAUCCUUGCACCGUGAUGUUCUUCUAUCGCAACAAGCAUAUUAUGAUUGAUCUUGGAACUGGUAACAACAACAAGAUUAACUGGGCAAUGGACAACAAGCAAGAGUUGAUUGAUAUCAUCGAGACUGUGUACCGUGGUGCGUCCAAAGGCCGCGGUCUUGUUGUCUCUCCCAAAGAUUAUUCCACUCGUUACAGAUAUUAGUUAUGGACAGUCACCAUCAUACCUAAACUUUCGUCGUCCGCCUGUAAUCACAGCAUAGUCCGCCUGUAUACCAUCUGAAAUAGAGAGCACCUCACGGUGGAAUUUUGCGCAAGGC